AUUUGUCCAAAACCAUUCAUUUUUUUUUCAUUGAAAUCAAGCGCGUGAAGUGAGCAAGCAGAAUCGUGCAUGUUAUACGCGCACAUAAAUGUUGAUUUUAUUUUUAUUUUUAAAUAUUAAAUUCCUUGGCGGUUUUUUCCGGUUCACCUUUUUUCCGGCCUCUGCACCCGAAUUGGUGGCGGUGGCAGUGGCGGAGGAACUGAUAGAUCGUUGCCAUAUCCUUUCUUCUCUUUUUCUUGCUUUUUUUUCUUUCAUAUAAUUAAAAAGAGUUCAUUUUCUUCGAGAUUCGUUGGAGAUUUUGUACGGAAACAUGUUAAUUUCUUCUUAUUGAUUCUGCAUUUUCCAAAUCCCAGACACUUUUGAUUUAGAUUAAAAGAUCAAAUAAAAAAAGAACCUGAGUUUGAUUGUCAUUGAAUGCCUUCCAAAAGUGAAGUUAAUGGGGAAGAUGGAAGAAUUUAUUACAAAGCAAACUUGUCAAGGUGCCAAUAAGGUUUUUCCAGCGCCCCCUCCAAUACCUGGUCCAGCUACAAAUUGUAGGCGGAAGGGGUCACUAAUGAAGAAUGGGUCAGCCAUAAGAGGAAACAAUUGUGCGGCGACAGCAACCAGGGCUUUGUGGGAUAGGCUCUUUGAUGGAGGCUAUAAAACUGAUGUUAUCAUUAAAACUGAUAAUGGUGGCAUCAUCUGUGCGCAUUCUAAUAUUCUUGGCAUGGCUUCUCCUGUACUAAGAGGCAUGUUGAAACAAGCAAAAGGAUUUGGUCACAGAAGACCAAUUUCAAUCCAUAUCCAUGGUGUUCCACAAGAUGCAGUUCGGGCUUUCAUUCGAUUCUUGUACUCUUCCAGUUAUGAGAAAGAAGAAAUGAAGGAAUUUGUGUUGCCAUUGUUGGUGAUGUCACACACAUAUGUUGUUCCUCAGCUGAAGCGAGCUUGUGAACAGCAACUUGAGCAUGGCUUGCUUACUAUAGAAAAUGUAGUUGAUGCCUUCCAGCUUUCGUUACUGUGUGAUGCGCCUCGACUAACGCUGAUCACUCACCGUAUGAUCGUAAUGACCUGCAAGGCAGUUCGCGAAACUGAAGGGUGGAAAGCAAUGAAGAAGAGCAAUCCAGCACUUGAAAAAGAACUUCUUGAAUCCAUGAUGGAUGAAGAACAUGAGAGGGAUAUCAUGAUGCAAAAGGAGAAAAACAGGAAAUCAAAUGAGCAGAGGAUCUACCUUCAAUUAUGUGAAGCAAUGGAGGCUCUUGUUCACAUAUUCAGAGAUGGUUGCAGGACAAUUGGACCACAUGAUAAGGAUUUGAAAGAACACCAAACACCCUGCGAUUAUGGAGACUGUUGCAAAGGGUUAGAAUUGCUUGUUCGCCAUUUUGCUAGUUGCAAGUUGAGAGUUCCUGGCGGCUGUAUUCAUUGCAAAAGAAUGUGGCAGCUACUGGAGUUACAUUCCCGUCUCUGCACUGAUUCAAAUUCGUGCCGAGUUCCUUUGUGCAGGAACCUCAAGGAGAAGAUCAGGAAACAAAGCAAGAAGGACGAAAUCAAGUGGAAAAUACUUGUGAAAAGGAUAUUAAGAACAAAGAGAAUUGGAGGUGCACCAAUUUUUGUGUCCUCUAAUUCCAACUCUUCACCAUAAACAAUAUCCACCUCUCUUAUUUCUGGAUUA